AUGUCUCUCAUUGACGAUUUCAACGAAUCUACGGAAGCCAAUUAUUUGCCUGCGUCAGCUUCCUAUGGCGAUGGCCAUCUUACACAAAAUGGUUAUGGGGCCGGUUUUGAUACUGCGGACAAUGUCAGGCUUGAAACAGGCUAUGUGUCCAUUUCUUCCGGCUUCGGUCAAACAGAACUCCCUAUCUUCGCCUUAAACUAUGUACAAUUCCAGUUACCGGCACGGCUGGUAGAUAUGGUGGUGUCGAACGAUAUACUUAUUAUGGCUGUGGAGACGGCACGUAUUUUGCGGAUUAAUCUGGAACGGCCCUUGGAGGUUGAAGAAAUUGAGAUAACACGGAAACCAGGUGAUGGAAAGAUAGUGAAGAUGUUCUUUGACCCGACCGGCCGGCAUUUAAUCAUCACAACGGAUCACGGAGAGAAUUUCUAUCUGUACGAGAAAUGGAGACGUGCGAAACAGUUGUCAAAGCUCAAGGGGGUCACGAUAUCAUCCAUCGCCUGGAACAAGCAGGCAACAUUGACAGACCCUUCGACCCGCGAGAUUCUAAUUGGUACGCGUAAUGGCUUGAUUUACGAGACGUGUCUGGAGCCUACCGACGAGUUUUUUCGCAAAGAGGAGAAAUAUUUCAAACAGGUGUACUCUAUCCACGAAAGUACCAUGCCCAUCACUGGUCUUCAUUUUGAACAGUUUCCUGUCAACAAUCGCAAAUAUUUUGCCAUGGCAACGACCCCGACCAGAAUAUAUCAAUUUGUUGGACACAUUGGACCAUCUAGCGCUGGUACCUCACGGGGAUCACCUAGUUUUGUCGAAUCGGAUGAUCGCGGUGAACGAGCAAUGUUUGAAAGCAUGUUCUCAAAAUACGACGUCAACCCUGGUUUCCAAGAAUUACCUGGGGAACUCUCGUAUAGCGAGCUCCAUUUCUUUAGCCGAUUCCAUGACCUGCAACAACAGGGCGUUGCCCAGACGUUUGCUUGGCUAACAGGACCUGGUAUCUAUCACGGCGAUCUCGUUUUCGGAUCGCAAAAUGUCGGCGAUAGUGUCAUAGACAAUGUGCAACUUUUACAAUAUCCUGCUACGCCAUCCGAAGAUGAAUCGAGUAGAUUCGUAACUGAGAUCCCAAUAUCGGUUGCAAUUACGGAAUUCCAUUUUAUUCUGCUGUACAAGGACCGAAUCAGGGCAGUUUGUCAAUUAAACGAUCAAAUUAUCUACGAAGAAAUGAUCCCGACGUCUCAAAACGAAGAAGUCGUUGGUAUGGCAGUCGAUGAUAUCAAAAAGACAUUUUGGAUCUACACUACUUUUUCGAUAUACGAACUCGGAGUCGAGAACGAGGAACGUGACGUCUGGAAACUAUAUCUUGAAAAAACGCAGUAUGAUAUGGCUCUCCAAUACUGCAAGGAUCCUGCACAAAAGGAUAAGGUGUAUACGGCUCAAGCAAAAGAUUAUUUUGGGCAACGGCGCUAUCAGAUGAGCGCAAAAUACUUUGCUGAAAGUGCGGUUGCAUUCGAAGAAGUAACUCUGAAGUUUGUCGAAAAAAAUGAACGUGAUGCGCUCAGAAUAUAUCUCGUCAAGAAACUAGAACGAUUCCGGAAAAAGGACCGAACGCAAAAGACUAUUUUAGCAACAUGGCUCGUCGAAAUCUAUCUUUCGAAGCUCAAUGACCUGGAAGAUAUGGCAUCCUCUGCUCAUUGUACAUCGGUUACUAAUGGCAACGGAGAAGUUGAAACGCCAGCCAACAGCUCGGCGGCAUAUUACGAAGAACAACUCUCUGAAAUUAAGAGCGAAUUUAAGGACUUUUUGGAGACAUACAGCAAUGUUUUGCACAAGACCACUACAUACAAGUUGAUUUCAAGUCACGGGCGCAGCAAUGAGCUUUUGUACUAUGCAUCUCUGAUAGGUGACUGUGAUCGCGUUAUCAGUCACUGGAUUGUUCAAAGAGAAUGGCAAAAAGCACUUGAUGUCCUCACACGACAGGUGGCAGCCGAGACCUUUUACAAAUUCUCACCGGUGCUGAUGGAAAACGCGCCUCGUGAGACUAACCAAGCAAUCCGCUACCUCUCGCACGUAGUCUCCACACUUGGAAACACGGAUCCUGCCGUUCAUAACCUAUUACUUACAUUGUAUGCUACUCAACCAACUGAAGAUGAAACUGCGUUGCUGACGUUUUUGAAGAAUGAGGGUCGUGAAAUGCAUUAUAAUCUUGGUUAUGCACUGCGUCUUUGCAGCCAAAAUGGCCGUACUCAGAGCUGUGUACAUAUCUAUAGUCAAAUGGGACUAUAUGAAGAGGCUGUUCAGCUUGCUUUGAAGCACCACGAUUUAGAACUUGCACGCAUCAAUGCAGAUAAGCCUGAAGACAAUGAUGCUCUUCGAAAGAAGCUUUGGUUGAACAUUGCGAAACAUGUAGUUCAAGAAAACAAAGAUAUCAAAACUGCUAUGGAGUUUCUGCAACAGAGCGAUUUGCUUAAGAUUGAAGAUAUCCUUCCGUUUUUCCCUGACUUCGUGCUGAUUGACGAUUUCAAGGUAGGCAGUAUCAAUAUGAUUUUCGAUAUAACUCUUGACUGA